GCCCCAACCACCGUAGCCUCCGGAGUCCGGACUACUCCAGAAUCCGCUGCCGCAGCACGCUCCUCCGUCCCGACUGACCUGUCGACGGGGAAGCCCCCGAGCCUUCGCCGCGCCGCAGCUCCCCCGAUAAAAGGAGACGGAGAGCAUCUGGAAAGUUCCACCGUCGCCUGAAGGCUGAAGCAAGAGUCCUUUUUGCCCGUUCCGUUCCUCUCGCCGCACCGUGCGCAGCAGCAGGAACAGCGGGGCCUCUUCGGGGAGCAGAGAUGUCGAAGGACGGGGGCCCCGAUUGGAACGGCUUGUUCAAGUGGAGCCUCGCCCACGGCGACGGCACCAACCCGCCGCGCGCUCUCAGUGAGGAAGACAAGAGAUGGUUCAUGGAGGCCAUGCAAGCGAACACAGUAGAUGUUGUCAAGAGGAUGAAGGAGAUCACUCAGGUGAUGAAAACUCCUGAAGAUGUCUUGCAGUCCCAGGGUGUGACCCUGGAGAACAUUGAAGAUAUGUUGGAUGAGUUACAAGAGCAUGUGGAAUCCAUUGACAUGGCAAAUGAUCUGCAUUGUAUUGGUGGGUUAGAUCCUCUACUUGGUUACUUGAAAAAUUCACAUGCUGGCAUCCGAGCAAAGGCGGCAGACGUUGUGAGUACAAUUGUGCAGAAUAAUCCCAAGAGCCAGCAACUUGUCAUGGAAUCCAAUGGACUGGAGCCACUGUUGUCAAACUUCAGAUCAGAUCCAAGUACAAAUGCACGCACAAAAGCUUUAGGAGCGAUAUCUUCUCUGGUUCGUCAUAACCAACCAGGAAUUUCUGCUUUUCGCCUGGGAAAUGGCUAUGCUGGAUUGAAAGAUGCUCUUGGUUCUGAUGAUGCCAGACUUCAGAGGAAAGCUCUCAAUCUCAUACAAUACCUGCUGCACAACAACAAGACAGAUAGAAGCGUGGCUACAGAGCUUGGUCUUCCAAAGCACUUGAUGCACCUUGCAUCCAGUGACGAUUCCUUAGUCCGUGAGGCAGCGUUAGGCGGUCUUCUUGAGUUGGCACGGGACAAGACAUCUGAUGCUGGCAAUGCUCUACCUGACCAAGACAAGCUGAAAGACGUCCUCAUGAGCCGAAUCGAAGGGAUUAGCACGAUGGACGCAGAUGAUCUCCAUGCUGCUCGCGAGGAGCGACAGCUGGUGGACUCACUCUGGAAGGAGUGCUACAACGAGCCAUCGUCCCUCAGGGAGAAGGGCCUCGUGGUGCUUCCUGGAGAGGACACACCCCAACAGCCACCACCAGAUGUUGCGGGGAAGAUGUUCGAGCCGCCUCUUCGCGCAUGGGCUGCUGCAAGACCUGCUCCGAAAGAAGAUUCUGAUUCUGGGGAUGGGAAGAAGGAUCCACCGUUGCUGCUUGGCCCUGGACCAUCAUCUAAUGCCAAUUCCAGUUCUUAGGCUUGGUAAUGGUUGUGGAAGGCUGAAAGUGAAGACCUUGUGGAAGGCUGAAAGUGAAGACCGUGUGGAAGGCUGGAAGUCUGGUUUUUGGUCUGUGCAAACUCUCUUGCAACAUCUUGUACGCUCCUAAUGUUACAGUUGUAUUCUGCCGAUAUGCUCUGCAUUUUGAUUUCAGAGUUUGCUUGCACGAGGCUGAUAGGUAUUUGUAUUCUCUGAUGGUCGUCCCAUUUAAAGCAACUUAUAUAUCUUUAGCACGAUGAUUUGAUUUUAUGACU